AUGCCAUCUCUAAGUCUCAAGGAUGGUACCGAGAUUUACUACAAAGACUGGGGCAACAAGUCGGGCCCCGUCGUGACAUUUUCCCACGGGUGGCCACUCAGCAGCGACAACUGGGACAGCCAGAUGUUUUCUUCGCCAGCAAAGGCUACCGCAUCGUUCCUCGCGACCGACGUGGCCAUGGACGGUCAAGCCAACCGUGGGAGGGAAAUGACAUGGACACAUGCUGAUGAUUUGCACCAACUGUUCGAAGCCCUGGAUUUGCGUGAUGCUGUCAUGGUCGGCCACUCAACUGGCGUCGGCGAAGUGGCCCGCUUCAUCGGCCUCUUCGGCACCGACAGGGUCAAGAAAGCAGUACUCAUCGGCGCCGUUCCUCCCAUCACGGUUCAGAGCGAGCCAAACCCGGGGCACCCCGCUGUCGCCCCUUCUUUGGCCUCAACCGCCCCAACGCAAAAGACUAGCCAGGGCCAGAUCUACAGCUGGUGGCAGCAGGGCAUGAUGGCCAGCUUCAAGGUGCCUACGACUUCGGAUGCCCCUGGGCCCUGGCUUAUCAGAUAA